AUGCAACAUGGCCUUAUCAUCCCCCCUCUAUGCCCUCGUCGACCCUCUCCUCCCCCUUAUUCCCCCUCUUCUUCCCCUCGUUCCCCCCUCUCCUUCCCUUUAUUUCCCCCUCUGCUUCCCCUCGUUCCCCCCUCUCCUUCCCCUUAUUUCCCCCUCGGCUUCCCCUCGUUCCCCCCUCUGCUCCCCCUCGUUCCCCCCUCUCUUUUCCCCUUAUUUCACCCUCUGCUCCCCCUCGUUCCUCCCUCUCCUUCCCCUGAUUUCCCCCUCUGCUCCCACUCGUUCCCCCUCUCCUUCCCCUUAUUCCCCCCCUCUGCUUCCCCUCGUUCCCCCCUCUCCUUCCCCUUAUUUCCCCCUCUGCUCACCCUCGUUCCCCCCUCUCUCUCCCCUUAUUUCCCCCUCUGCUUCCCCUCGUUCCCCCCUCUCCUUCCCAUCAUUUCCCCCUCUGCGUCCCCUCGUUCCCCCCUCUCCUUCCCCAAAUUUCCCCCCUCUGCUUCCCCUCGUUCCCCCCUCUUCUUCCCCUUAUUUUCCCCUCUGCUUCCCCUCGUUCCCCCCUCUCCUUCCCUUAUUUUCCCCUCUGCUUCCCCUCGUUCCAACCUCUCCUUCCCUUUUUUCCCCCCUCGUUCCCCCCUCUCCUUCCCCUUAUUUCCCCCUCUGCUUCCCCUCUUUCCCCCCCUCUCCUUCCCCUUAUUUCCCCCUCUGCUUCCCCUUGUUCCCCCCCCAGAUCGCACCUCCAUUUCCUCCCAGGUCGCACCUCCCUUUUCCCCCAGGUCGCACCUCCUCCUCCUAUCUCCUCCCGUCCUCAACCCCAUCUUCCCAUCCCUCCCAACCCCUCUCUCAGCUCAUUCUAUCUCCUCCCUUCCCUCUUCCCCUUCUUUCCCUCAUGUCUCUCCCUCCUUCCCCUCAUUUCCCCCCUCCAUGCCCUCAUUCCCAUCCCUCCUUACCCUCAUUUCACCUUUUUCUUCCCCAUUUCCCCCCUUCUUUCUCUUGGUUUACCCCCUCCCCCCUUUCGCCACUCUCCUCUUUUCCCUGCGUGCUCGGCUGAGUGUGCCGUGCAGGCUGCAGCAGGGCAGCGGGGCGCCAUGGAGGGGAGGACGUGGGCGCCCCGCUACCACACACGCCAUAGGGCGAGUGGAUGCUGGGCACUAUGGCACUCUCAUUCGCCCUGCCACCACACGCGCCACUCAUCCACCCCUCCUUCCCUCCUGCUUGGGCCUCCGACUUGCUGCUGCAGCUGGGGUGACUGCAGGAGCAUGA